AUAUGAAUAUAAUAUAUAUGUAUACAUCGAGAAAAUGAUCUUACGGGCGUUUUACCAUACGGAGUUUGAUGUUCUUGAUUGCUGUGUGUCAGUGAUGGGGACGCGAUAUGCACAGAAGACGUUCUUCCAUCAUCGCGGUGAUCAUUUUGGGCUUCAUAUUGUGCCUCCUUAACGUAUUGUUAUUGGGUUGCUUGAAGAUUCAACGAAAAUCAACUGUGAAUUCGGACUCCUACGAGUUCAGAAAACGAAUACUUCCGACCUUUGCCCCGCCCACUGAGAUCCGCCCUAUUAUAAUUCUAUCGACCUUUAGGACAGGUUCCUCACUGACGGGGGAUAUCCUCCAGAGGGCGGAGGACUCUUUUUACCUGUACGAGCCUCUGAACCCGCUGAAUUAUCUUCUUUCCCGAAAUGUGACGAGGUUACAACUAGUGAACGGAUCAGUAAGAUCCAUCGGGGUUUACGACUUCAACAAAGUUUCCGUGGACAUCCUGACAUCAUUGAUCACGUGCAACUUCUCCAGCCUGGAUAUAGACGUGGUUACCCAUGGAUUUCUCUUCUACAGUACCAAAAGCAUUCCAUACAUCACUUGUGUUAAUGUAGAGAAGCGCGGGACUCCCCUCGUGUCUGCCGUCAGAAAAUGUCUGCCGAUUUGGAAGGAGAGUUGCGAAAAUUCCACGUAUAGAAUUUUCAAAAUUGUUCGUUUGUCGAUGGACUGGAUGAAACAGCUACUUGAUAAAUUUCCAAAAUUGUUAGUGGUUCAUUUAGUAAGAGAUCCACGCCCAAUCCAAGUCUCAAGAGAUAAACUAGGAGCUAACAUAUUUAAAGACCUCCGGAAAAGUUUCCACGAUCUUUGUGAUCUUUUGUCCUGGAAUUUAUUUUUCGAGGUCUCACUGAACAACACAUACAGCCGAAUCGUUAGGCUGUACUACGAACACCUAGCACUGCAUCCGUUCAGAACCACUAAAUGGCUUUAUAACACCCUGGGGCUACAUUAUACACCGGAAGUUCAAAAGCAUGUACACCAUCUAACAAGCGCAGGUCACCUGGAUGAUUGUCCUAUCUGCGCAGUCAGGGCUAACUCGUCUGCGCAUGUGUACUCCUGGAAGGGAGUAUUUAACCAGAGUCAGUUAGAUGAUAUCCAGGAGGUGUGUGGACAGUACAUGAGACAGCUUGGGUAUACCACUGAAUAACCAUAUGCACUUAGAUUCUAUAUGUUUGAUAAGACAUAGUCAUAUCGUGAAGAGAAUGAAGGAUCACUGGAGAAUAAAUAUGUGGGGGUGGGGAUACCUGUUACUGCACUACCCCUGCACAUGUAUCCAUACCCAUUUCGUAUUUUGUUUACUGAAUAAAAUUAAUUCCAAAUUUC